CCCAGUAUUUGCUGAAUUGGCGAAGAAAUGCCGUCCAUGUCUAUGCUCGGCGUGAAGAGCUUGUUGCUUCUUCUGGUAUUGGCAGCUGCGGAUCAUGUCAUUCUGAAACCAAAGGAUGCAAAGACUCAAAAGAUGUUGGUGAUCAUUCCUGGCGGCAAAGUGCCCAGUGAACACUACAGGCAGACAGGCCUAGCUAUCCAGGAUGCCUUGGCACAGCAGGGUGAGAGCGAUCUUUGGGUGGUGAUACCCAGUGUUUUCCAGAAGCUCUGCAUCAUCAGCUGUGUGUCCAAGUCCCUCUGUUCGCCCUUGCACAACACUGUGGAGGCUGCCUUGAAUCUGGCAGUGGAGCAAGGCUGGAAACGGCAAGCAAAGGACAUGUGGUUGGCAGGGCAUUCCCUUGGUGCCACAUGUGCAAAUGUGCUGUUCCAGGCGUACUUGUCUGCGUCGCCCUACUCUGGUCUGAUUGUCAUGGGUGGAUAUGUGGACGAAGGAGGUCAGUUUGAUUUGGUCCACUAUCCAGUCCCUGUGCUGACGUUGAACGUGGAGUUGGAUGGCGGCCUGGCGCGACCGGGGAAAAUCUCCACGUGGUGGCGCCAGUUUCGACAGAUCAGGAACAGCUCUGGCAACGAUACGGCUCUGCGGUCGAAGCCAGUUGUGGUAUUGCCUCACUUGAAUCAUUCCAACUUCUGCCCUGGCUUUGAUGUAGCUGGCGACUUGAGAGCCGAGGUCCCCCAAGCAGAGGCUACGCGUCUCAUCGCGGACACUGUGGCUGCCUUUUUGACGCUCCACAUGAACGCCUCACAGCAAAGCCAAGCCAAGGCCUUGCAGAUGUUGGAAUCUCAAGUGGAUUGGACUGAGCAGCUGAUGACGCCCUACUUGAAGGCUCAAGACUGGGAACGUGAUGCCAUGAACCACUCCGUGAGCUCUGAAGGUGCAAGUCCCUUCUGUGCUUUGGCCCAGCGCACUUUGGCGGGCCUUGAUCAUAAGGAUGAUCAGCGACUUGAGGUCUUGGACGGCUUUCACAUCUCAUCUCCGAAUUUGGAGCAUUGUCAUCCCAACUGGACGGUAGAAGAGGGAUCUGACGAAGUGCGACUCUUGGUGCGAUCAUGCAGCCAUACCAACUACUACGCAGACCUCAGCAACACCGGCAAGUUCACUGCAGCACUGGAAAUCGGCUGCAAGUUGCUGGCCGCAACACGCAUCGAGCAGCAGUUGAAGGUGAAAGCUGCGCAGAAUCAUUUGCCCUGUUCGGAGAUGAACAAAAUGGCAGUGCACCUGGCUGAGCGGCUUGCACUUUCCAGCACCCUCAAGCGUUACCAGGCCACCGGAAGGAAGUGGUGCUUUCUGCCAGACAGCCCAUCCGUGGCUGGCCCCAUGUGGGUUUUCCACGACAGGCUUCAGCUGCACGAGAACAGCAGCUGCAUGUCGGUGCAGAGCCCCGCGAUGCUCACAGACGUGAACGCGGAGAUUUAUCCUGGAAUUCAUUACUGCAAAGUGUUGUCGCCUGCCAGAGCUUUGGAUUGGAUGAUGACUGAUAGCUUAAAGCCAGGAUCUCGGACUAUGGAAGUGGUGGUGUGAUCCAGUCACCGUGACCGAAGCUGAAGCUGUCUUCAGUGCAGCAGUGCUGGAGCUUGCUGGAUAAGUCUAUGUUAGAUUAUACAAAUGUCAACAAAUGUCCUG